UUAUAAUUGAAAUAUCGUCUGCUCGUUCUAUCAUAGUGAACGUGUAUGCGCGUCGUUACGGAUUCUUUUCACUGUUCAAUUAAAAGAAAAAUGCCGCUGCCAAUAAGAAACGUAAUGAUAAAGGUUGGUUUCCUGCGUUGACAGUGGAAUUCGCGUAUUAUCGUAAAUAACUCUCAUUAUAAAAUGUUCGAAAUGAACGCCGCAGAGCCUAUGCAGGUAGAUGUUCCGCUGGAAGACAAUGAAAACAAUGAAUCAGAGUGCUAUGUUGUUGAAAAUCCCACCUUAGACCUCGAAACAUACGCUUCAGCUUACACAGGUUUUGCAAAAUUGUACAGAUUAAUGUUUGUAGCAGAUCAUUGUCCCUCACUGAGAUUAGAAGCUCUCAAAAUGGCAAUAUCCUACGUCAUGACAACAUAUAAUGUAAGUCUUUAUCAGUCUUUACACAAGAAGCUAGCAGACGCAAUAGCUAGUGCAGGCCUGCCAGACAUAGCUGUGCAAAUGGGCUCUCAGGACAUCCCAGUUCUAGAUACCAUAUGGGUUGAAUCAAAGACUAAAAAGGCGGCGAUAAAACUGGAGAAAUUAGACACCGAUCUUAAAAACUAUAAAACAAAUUCUAUUAAAGAAAGCAUUCGAAGAGGGCAUGAUGACCUGGGGGACCAUUAUUUGGAUUGUGGAGAUUUGACAAGUGCACUGAAGUGCUAUUCCCGAGCCAGGGACUACUGCACAAGUGGAAAACACAUUAUUAUGAUGUGUCUCAAUGUAGUUAAGGUGUCUGUAUACUUGCAGAAUUGGGCUCAUGUUCUUAAUUAUGUAUCAAAGGCUGAGAGCACACCUGACUUCAGUGAAGUACCUGGUAAAGAUACAAACCAAACCAUUCUGACUCGUUUAAAAUGUGCUGCUGGACUUGCAGAAUUGGCUACGAAAAAGUACAAGUCUGCUGCAAAGCACUUUCUAGCGGCCAGCAUUGACCAUUGUGACUAUCCAGAGCUACUUAGUAGCAACAAUGUUGCCAUCUACGGAGGACUAUGUGCUCUGGCUACAUUUGACCGCUCUGAGCUUCAGAAGCAAGUCAUAGUUAGCAGUUCUUUUAAAUUAUUUUUAGAGCUAGAACCGCAGUUACGUGACAUAAUAUUUAAAUUUUAUGAAUCCAAGUACGCUUCAUGCUUAAGGUUACUUGAUGAGAUAAGGGAUAAUCUGUUGUUAGAUAUGUAUUUAGCACCACAUUUGAAUUCAUUGUACAUGCAAAUACGCAACCGAGCUCUGAUCCAGUACUUCAGUCCAUAUUUGUCAGCUGACAUGCACUUGAUGGCCGCCGCCUUCAACCGCACCGUGACUGCGCUCGAAGAUGAACUGAUGCAGCUUAUCCUCGAUGGCCAGAUUCAAGCUCGCAUAGAUUCCCACAACAAAAUUUUGUAUGCAAAGGAUGUUGAUCAGAGGAGCACAACUUUUGAGAGAAGUCUCACCAUGGGUAAAGAAUAUCAAAGAAGAACUUCUAUGUUAAUCCUCCGUGCUGCAAUGCUCAAGAAUCAAAUACAUGUGAAGAACAUUUGCCGUGAGACAGGACCUCAAAGCGGAGAAGCACCAGGCUCCAGUACCAGCUUGACUCACCGCACGGUUGACACUGUGCCCUUGUCAUGAACUUACUCGUAAGAUGAUAGUUUUGAAAGCUUUCACAUGACAAUCGCAAUUACACAUUACACUCUCAUAAAGUGCAAAAUGAAAGAUCAGAAGAUAAGUGCAGAAUUCGCUUUGAGGAUUAUAUAGAUAUAAUUCUAAGUAUAAUCAGUCAGGACAAGCUAUUAAAGUUGUCACAUUUGACUAAUAAAGAAAUUCAUACCCCCUUAUUCAUAAACAUUCCUUAAAGUUAUCAAACCGAUAAAGUUGUUUGUCUCUAUCACACCAAUAAGUCCGAAAGGGACAAACGAACGGCUUGAUAACUUUAGUGAAUGUUUAUGAACAAGGGGGAUAGUAAAUAUUAUAUGGUUUAGAAGCACUCACACCACAUAAGACUGAAAUUUAGCCCACGGUUGCACAUGCAAUACAAGCAGCGUAGAACGCAUGCGAUCACGGAAUGUACAAAAAUUGACUACAACACAAUGAUAUCAGUUUUUCCUAUGCGCUUACAACACCAUUAUAUCAUUUUUCCUAUGUUCCGUUGAUCGCAAAUAACAGCCGCGACCUUUAGAGAGCAUCGUUUGAAUCUGUUACCCUGUAUGUUCAGUCUCUGUACCAACAUUAUAAUGUGGCAGCAGAAGUGCUUCUAAACCUCUACAAUAUUUCCAGGUACGCGUACUUGCCCCUUCUGAUCUUGAGUUUGUAACUGUAUUGUCAUGUGAAACCUAAUUUGUUUGAAAAAAAACACCUUUUGUAUACUAAAAUACCUGCUUAUGUUUUUUUUUGUUUAUUGAGAUGAAGUAGGCUCUGUGGUUAAAGCAAUAAUGCCACCGCAAAUUGCUAUAUGUAAGUAAAACGUUUUAUCGGCGAUCACAAAACCUAACGGCUGGUGCAUUUCUCAACAUUGUUUAUACUGAAUAAUUCUAUGUAACCACAAAAUAUUAUGUCUACGUAAUUUUUAAUAUAAUUAAAAAGUAA